CUGGUGCAGAACCUUGUGGUUGAUAUCUCUUUUAAUCAGCUCGGUGGGAUUUCUACUCUGUGCUUUCUCGAGAAGGUAAUCUGGCCUCUUCAGUAUCAUUAUGUUGUAAUCAUACUUCUGGUGCAGAACCUUGUAGUAACAUGUUUGAAGGGCAUUUGCCUAGAACAAUGUUCGUAUCAGCAAUUUUUGAAGGAUGACAAAGAUUGAUGUUGACGGUUUGAGUAUGCAGAUGGAUCACCUCAUUGGAAAGGACCAUCUAUUCAAGAGAAGUAUCAUACUCAUCAAAGCUUGGUGCUUCUACGAGAGCCAUAUUCUCGGGGCUGUUCAUGGAUUGAUAUCCACAUAUGCUCUGGAGACGUUGGUCUUAUAUAUUUUCAAUCUCUUCCACUCAUCGCUGGAUGGUCCACUAGCAGUUCUAUACAAAUUCUUGGAGUAUUUCAGCAAGUUCGACUGGGAUAAGUAUUGCAUUAGCUUGAGCGGUCCUGUCUGCCGUUCCUCUCUACCAGAAAUUUUUGUUGAUACUCCGGAAAAUGGCGGGCAAGAUCUACUGCUGACAAGUGAUUUUCUCAAUGACUGUUUGGUGAUGUACUGUGUACCUUCACAAGGUUUAGAGACAAAUCCACGUGCGUUUCCAUCAAAGUAUCUUAAUAUAAUUGACCCGCUUAAAGAAAAUAACAAUCUUGGUCGCAGCGUAAACAAAGGUUGAGACUCCUUUUCUUUUCUUUUCUUUUCUUUACUG